AAAAAAAGAAGAGCAAUGUAGCGGACGGACGUCGUUUCGACUUUUCUAUUCCGUCAUGCAAUAAUUUUUGUCAUUCAUGAAUUUAUCGUAAAAAAUAAUUUAUAUGGUGUCACAUAUGUGAACUUUAGUUAUAAUAUAGUUAUAAUAAUGUGCUAGAAAUUCAUUUUGCAUAGUUCAACUUUGUAGAUCUUUAUGAUAGGUGUGUGACAAGUUCGGUAAUGGUGGCCAUGUCAUGAAAAUCCCAACAGCCAUGGAUGAUAGCUCCGUAUCUCAUCACAACGGAGGGCAAGUGGGAUCGCAAAUUGGAGUUAAUGUAAAUAAUAAACAAAAUGAUGAACCUAGCCAAAGUGUCCAGUAUUCGAUACCGGGUAUAUUACAUUUUAUUCAACACGAAUGGGCGAGAUUCGAGCUCGAGAGAUCACAAUGGGAGGUGGACAGAGCUGAAUUUAAGGCACAGAUUGCCUUCCUCCAAGGUGAGAGGAUGGGACAGGAGAAUCUAAAAAAUGACCUAGUGAGGCGAAUCAAAAUGCUAGAAUAUGCAUUGAAGCAGGAGAGAGCUAAGUUUCAUAAACUUAAAUAUGGAGUGGAGUUGCAGCAAGGUGACAUGAGGUCAGAGCCUGAGCCUCCGAUAGAACCUAAGCCACCUGUUGACCCUGAGCCAGCAGAGAGGGCCCAGUGGAAGCAGGGACGCCAACUUAUCAAACAGUACCUGCAGGAAAUAGGAUAUACUGAUACAAUACUUGAUGUACGUUCGAACCGAGUAAGGAACUUACUUGGACUUAAUAACGAGGAGCAGAUGGAGCUCUAUACAAACUGUGAAAAACAGCAACAUGAUAGAUGUGACUAUUCCAUAAAUUCUAUGGUUCGAAAGUAUGAUUAUGACAAAGAACAAAGGAAAGCAGUACCUGCUGGUGGUCGUUUCAAUAAAGAAGAGCUUUCUGUGCAAGAAACUGCUGCUGUAUUUGCCAACUUUGAAUUUUUGGCGAAUCAAGAGAUGGACAUGGAUGAAAUUGAUGACCUGGAUGCUAAACAGCCACAUCAUGCAUCUGGAGAGGAAGUGGAUCAUGAAGGGGAAGAGGUACUGAAUGAAUUGAACACACUCACAGAAAGUGAAGUAGACGGUGGCGGUCAAGGAGAUGAGUACCCAGUUGUGAAAUUCCCCGGCGGCGGGGCGGGCGGGUCCGCGCCGGCGGGCGUGGGAGCCGAGACGGACGAGGAGCCGCUCGCGCUUGGCGAGCUCGCUCAGCUCACCGUCAGCAACGAGCCCGAGGCGUACGAUGUGGCCAGCGCGAACAAGGAGUCCUUCCGGAAGACGUGGAACGCUAAAUACACGCUGCGGUCGCACUUCGACGGGGUCCGGGCGCUCGCUUUCCAUCCUACAGAGGCGGCCUUGGUGACCGCUUCCGAAGAUCACACCUUGAAGCUUUGGAACCUCCAGCGUACUGUGCCCGCUAAGAAAUCCGCCAGCCUUGAAGUGGAGCCGCUGUAUACGUUCCGGGCACACACCGCCCCCGUUCUGUGUCUCGCUAUGGGCGCGCCUCGGUCUGAAGAAUGCUUCUCUGGAGGCCUGGACAGCACUAUACGCGUGUGGAAUCUGCCGCCGCCGACCGCUGACCCUUACGACCCGUACGACCCAGCUGUACAGGGUCCGGUGUUGCGCGACCACACGGAUGCAGUGUGGUCCCUGGCGGCGGCGCACGGGCGGCUGCUGUCUGCGUCGGCGGACGGCACGGCGCGGCUGUGGGCCCCGCGCGCGCCCCGCCCGCUCCUCGCCACGCUGCGGGACGAGCACUCGCCCGCCGCGCCCGCCGCCGCGGACUUCGCGGACUCGGCCACGCGCGCCGCCGUCGUCUACGCGGACGGCGCGCUCGUGCUCUACGACCUGGAGACCGGCCAGGCUGUGUUGCGCGUGCCGUGCGACAGCGGCGCGACCCGCGUGCGCGCGCACCCCACGCGCUCCCUGCUAGUGACCGCGCACGAGGACCGGCACAUCCGCUUCUGGGACGCCCUCACAGGCCGCUGCGCGCACGCGAUGGUCGCGCAUCUCGACGCGGUCACCGGCCUCGCCCUGGACCCCAACGGUCUCUUCCUCCUCUCCGGCUCCCACGACUGCUCGGUCCGCCUCUGGAACCUCGACACCAAGACCUGCGUGCAGGAGAUCACCGCGCACCGCAAGAAGUUCGACGAGAGCAUCCUCGAUGUCGCGUUCCAUCCCCUCCGGCCGUUCAUCGCCAGCGCCGGCGCCGACUGCCUCGCUAAAGUCUUCGUCUGAGCGCACCGUGUACAUAUAUAUUUAUAUAUAGACAAAUUAAUAAAUAUAUAUAUGUACACACACGCAUUAUGUUAACGAUGAUACCUUUGUAAUUUUACUCUCGAUACAAACUCUUAUGUAAUAAUGAUGCAGUAGCGAGUCGCCGCGUCGCACGCAUGCAUUGUAGACCUCUCUCGGAUCGUGUGUCUAGUCCCUACGGUACGGUUGCGGCGGCAGGAGCGACGCACGCUGCCGCGUGUGCACGGACGGACGGACGCCGUCGUCGGUCCGUUUUGUCGUAUUUAAACAAAUAAUGUAAUAACGUUAAUGGACGCGCGCCCCGACGCUCGUUAUAAGCGCGUAGUGAACACUCAUCUAUGUAUAGACAUUUGAAAUCUAUUAUAAUAUAUUUUUAGACUUUCAGUAUGUGAAUUUUAGGUUUUUAACGCGACUUUUUCACAGAUUUUACGAUGUGCAAGUGAAAAUAUUGUUCGUUUCUAUGCAUUCUGUAAGCGAGACGUUGUAAUAAAUAUCAUGUGGAUACCGAAGAUGUUUUCUUAUGCGUUUUUGUGUUUCGUAUCUGUACAGUUAGAUGUUACGCAGUAAUGCUAAUCUCGCAGAGAACGAAUAGUGUUUCUUUUAGCUAGUAUAUUUUUAUUUAAAUCAAUUGGAUUUCCAUAGAGAAUAUAAUAAUAUUUUUGUUUUGUGACUUGUAAGGAGAAUAUGCUCUCAUAAUAUCUUUACUCAAGUGGUGAGCGAUCGAACAAAAAUAUGGUUGAGUAGAAGUAUUAUAUCGGAAAUAAUAAUAAGUAAUGUUUGUUCAUAACGAGUACUGCGAUGUAGAAUAUAUAUUAUAAAACAUUACAUAUUCCUUUAUUUUCCUCGAAUUCAUACUUGUACACAUACAUCCAAAAUUGAUAGUAAAAAGCAACAUAACCGAAUUGCAUGUUGUUUUUUUAUAUGUCUUCUAUCCCCAUUCCUUUAGAUAAACGACUAAAAGUAAACAUGUGAAGUGUUUUAUUUUUCAUCAUAAUUUAUAUAAUAAUUGUGUUUCGUGAUAUAGAGGAAUAAUGGUUAUUAUUCAUACCAGC